GGGAGACGGCGGCGGUGGAGUGAUGCUGCGGCGGAAGCCGACGCGGCUGGAGCUGAAGCUGGACGACAUCGAGGAGUUCGAAGGCGUCCGGAAGGACCUGGAGAGCCGCAAGAAGCAGCGGGAGGAGUCGGAGGUGGCGGCCGGCGAGGAGGCGGCGGGCAUCGCGCUGGGCGCCGAGCACAAGAGCCGCGAGCAGAUCAUCAACGACCGCAUCGGCUACAAGCCCCAGCCCAAAGCCGGCGUCCGCGCCGCGCACUUCGGCACCUUCGAGUUUUGACGGGGCCGCGGCGCUGUGCCGCCCCGGGCGGUCCCCCCUCCCCCGUCCUCCUUAACGCAUAUGAGAGCCCCGCGGCGGCCGUGCCGUUUUAAAUAAAUGUGUUCUUUUUUAGAAACGAACACAGAAAGUUUUCUCCUAGAUGCCGCUCUGCCUCCGCCUGGGAAGGCUGGGGAAGGAGCCGCCCACUUCUGGUCCGAGCUGUAUCCGAGGAGCGCGGUGCAGCCGUUUCCCGGCUGUGUCACAGCCCUGAGAAACGACAGGGCGAGCAGCAGCGCCCCACAGCUGCUGGCUGAGCUGACAGCACGCUUCUGCUGACGUUGGUGCACCAAAUUUCUGGUCAGGGUGGGGAAAUGCAGAACUUAAAACUCUUCAAACGGUUCCUUAAACUGGAAAGUCAUGAUCUGGACUAAAGCAGAGCUUAACGCUGCAUUGAACGAUCUGGGUCUGCUCUGCUGUUCAGCAUUUCCAGCAUGCCUUGAGUCUGAUAGGGAAACAUUUUAGGAGGAACAAAAGGCCCUGAGCCUCCUUUGGUUGCACAGGGGAAGAAAAAUCAGCCCACUGCUUCAUCUCACAUAGGGAAGAGAACGAUCCAUAACAACACUGUGGGAGAGAAAACAAUUCCUUGCUGUAUAGACGUUACCACCCAGCAGAUAGGCUCAUUUGCACAGCUCCCUCAAGCUCACAUCCCUUCACCACUCCCUCAGAUCCACACAGCAGAUAUGGGGCCACUAAUUCCCCUUUUCAGCUUCACUUUCCACCCUUGGCACUGCCAAGCUUACCCAGACCGACACAGCUGUCUGUGUACCAGGAACUUCACACGUUCCCAUUCUAGCAGCUUCAGGGCUUCCUGCUGAUGAGCAGUGUGCUCGGAGGGUGCUGUUUCCAUGAUCCCUAGCCACAGAAUGAUGGAUAUUCAGCCCCUGCUGUUCACCUGCGUUGUUAGAAAAGGCACAGGAGAGUCAUGCCAGAGGAAAGCUGCAGGAGCAGCCCACACCAGAGCCCUCCGGCUGCAGGGUCCUUUGCCAGCAAAGCAGAUACUCUUGUGAAUCACUGAAUGAUGCUUGCCCUCACCACAGCAGCAGUCUCUACACUGAUGACUGAUUCUAAAAUACACAUCCACAGUAAAAUGCAAUCUAUUUUAUUAGUUAAUUAUAUACAGGAGAUCUUGAACUUGUUACUGGACAAGUUACCUUCACAAAGAGCAAGAAUAAAAUCAAAAGUGACAGUCACUGUAAACAAAACUAUCCAUCCUUCUGGAUCUGUUGGGACUGGCUCCAGACCAACUGAGAAGGCACUGGGAGAAAAACAACAGAAGCCCACAGAUGAACGCAGCCUGGAUACCCUGUGCAUUUCUUCCAAGCUGGUAAUCCAGAGGCACAGCGUGUCAAGAUAAAACAUCAGGAUGCACUCAGAGACAGACAUGGGAAUCACAUUCUAAGCAUGCUACAUAUGUUGACAUAUGAAUGGAAUUUACUCCAGUCUAAUAAUCAUUAGAGUCCUCACCUCCCUCCAAGCACCACUCAACACAAGUUUAGUGUUAAUAUCAGGACAACUUUAAAUACAGCCAGCAUAAAGGCCAGGACUGCAUCAAACGCAGUCAGUGCAAGUCAUCAACAGGGUGGCCAGGUUUUGCUGAGUUUGGGGAAGUAAGCAGCAGCCUGGGCCAGCAGAGCAGCUGGUGGCAUCUGGUGGGCCUGAGGGAGGCUGGGGCGCAGGGAGGUAUGUGGCUUCUCUGGAUUGUCAACAGUUACAGUGAUGCAGAAAAGCUAGCAGAACUGAACUUACAUUGUAAAAGCCACAGCUAUUGCAUAAUCCCCAAUUUAUCUUUCUCUGAUUGUUCCAAUCAGAGAAUUCAAGUCUGGGUACUUGGAUGCUAAAGGAAAGGUGGCUGAACAGCUUCACUGAUAGCAAGAUCAAGUCAAGCAGAAGUUUUAUUUUAGAGAAAGAUAUACUAAGAGGUAUAUGAAUUAACUAGUGUCAACACACUACAGUCACACAUUCCCACAACAGCAGCAGCUGCAGCUUGUUCAAGGGAAACCACACAGAUUGGUGCUGGGAACAUCAACUCAAAUCAGGGAUGAGGUCUCUACAGGAGAGGUCUCUCACUCUUUCAGAGCACGGCCAACUCCAACACAUAGCUGCUCUGUUUCACUGACAAGCACUAAGAUGUCCUCACAGCUCACACACAGAGAUUGCAAGAGCCUGUUUUCCACUCUCACAAAGAAAUAUGACUGCUUAGAGGGCUCAAAUGGUUUUUACUUUGUGACAGAUGCAGACAAAAGAGCAUGUUAUGGUCUACCUACGUCCUUCUGCAGUCUGCUACAUACAUAACUCCCUCCAGAGACCUGACUGGGGAAGAGCUUUUCCUGUUUCUCAUCAGGAGGUGUACAGAACUUUUCUGUGAAUACUGCUUUGCUUCUUUCACUCGGAUACAAAUUUGCUGCAGAAAGAAACUACAAAACUGAGCUUGCUUUUAAUUUUCCUUUUGUUCAGUAUUUGCACUGCCCAAAGAAAACAAGACGAACAAAUAAAUACUUGGGGUCACCCACAGGAAGGCUAACUUGAUACGGCGCAAUUCAAGAGCUGAGCAGGAUGCCAGGCAGCAGCAGUCACAGAUUUCCCACUGCCUUGCAAAGAACAUAGGCUCCGUUGGUGGUAGCAGCAUCAGCACAAGCAGAAGGGUGGGCCUGGCUUCAUAACGUACACAGGCUAAAGAAGCCUAACCCUUCCUCACAAAGGUCAGCUUUCCUUACUCUGCUGCUGGUAACAGUGUGACUAGUAGCACCUUCAGAGAAAAGAACUUCUACUGCAUGUACCCAGACACUUUAAUCUCAAAAGGAUUCCCUGUUCUCACAUGGCACAUCCUAGUUAUCAGUCCAAGUGGUGACUGUUUUUCCUUAGCCAUCUAAAAAUACCACUAUCCCCCUUUUCAUCCAUUUACAGGCAGAAAGAGGGCAUCCUGGGCAGAACAGACUUCUGCUUUGCACUGUACUCUAACUGCACAACACUUGCUGCAACAGGAGCAGUUUAACAACUAAGUGCUAAACCAAAACUGCUCCCAAAGCAAUUUCUGGGCCUCACCCAUCCAAAAAUCUACCCUGGUUUGCCUGUGAAAUGUGUAAAGCUCAUACCCCGGAAUGGAAAGUUCUUGACUGUGCUACUGCAGGUGUCCACCAUUGGUACUAACAACUCUUUGCACUUCCAAGCUAACAAAGUCACAGCAUGAUUACUAAAAGAGGAGUCAUUUACUUCUAGAAUUAUUUUUUUUUUAAUCAGCCCAAGCAACUCCAAAUUAACUGAAUUAAGAGGGCUGCUGUAGCCUUUCCUUUUUUCUCUUCCCCAAAUUCCUCUCUUACAGGAACACAGUUAUUUUAUUUCCCUCAUUUUACUCAAGGAACACCCUAUUGUGACAUUUUAGCCUUCAGUGUAAUGAAAUUAUCUCUCUCUUACCUCAUUUACAGAAUUAGUGUUAGUAAGCCAGAAGUCUAGCUCUAGACCCAUUCAGGUGCAACCCAACCUGAAGUCAGUAUAGGUUCAUUGGUCAAUUUAAAAUCUUUUUGCUCUGUAAAUAUGUAAUUUUUGUCCUGCAUCUACUCCAUACAUUGCAGUGAUUGGGAAGUGAAAGCAGCCAAACUGAAAUGUUACCACUUGAAGCCGAGUAAAACUGAUGGAUGCAUCCGAAGUCUAGCAACAUUCAUCAUAGCUCUGGUGGGGUUGGAGGACAGACUCAUCUUGACCCUCCAAAGCACAGGGCUUACAUAGUUCUGUUCAAGUACUCACUUGCUGGGACAGACCUGAGUGUGUCUGAUAAGCAGCACCACGUCUUCCUCUGCAAAACGCUGUGUUAGAAGGUGUCAUUGGCCCCAAAAGGCACAAUGCCAGGGAGGUUUCCCCUGGCAUUGUGUACAUAUUAAAAAAACAAAAUAGCCAUUUGCACACACUGGCUCCAUUGGUGACUCCCAUCUUUACCUAUUGUUCAUAAAAUUCUCACAGACAAGCAUUUACAAUUUAGGAAUAAAAUGUUUCAUUAAAAAAAAAAA